GUAUUGCCUUUCCGUCGUAUCGAAUCACAAGUCACAAGAAAAAUUUAGACGUUUACUUGAAUUUCUGAAUUCUGCUCGAAAAAUGAAAGAGAUUGAGAACAAGAAGAAAGACCCGAACCAGGAGGAACGCAAGCGUUUCGAGAUUAUGAAUUGGAAUGCGAAUGCGCUCUGGUCCUGGGAUGUACAGAUUGAUACUUGCGCCAUUUGCCGCAAUCUGAUUAAGGAUCCAUGCAUCGAGUGCCAGUCGAACAUGUCCGAGGAGGAGUGCCCCGAGGCGAGCGGCAUCUGCCAGCACGUUUAUCAUUUCCAUUGCAUUUCCCGCUGGCUGCGCAGGCGCGAGGUCUGCCCAUUGGAUUAUCGCGCCUGGGAGUACAAGAACUAAUUAUAAGGGAUUCAUCGAUCGAUCGAAUUCAAUUGAAAUACGUAGAAUAAAUGCAUAAAUUUCUCUCGGAA